GCCGCAGAUGGGAGGCCAGAGCGGCGACGAUGCGGGCGGGCCAGGACGGGGCGCCGGCGCGGGAGCUCUUCCGGGACGCCGCAUUCCCCGCCUCGGACUCCUCGCUCUGCUUCAACUCGUCCACGCCGCUGGCCCAGUUUCGGGAGGACAUCACGUGGAAACGGCCCCAGGAAAUUUGUGCCACACCCCAGUUGUUUCCAGAUAACCCAUGGGAAGGACAGGUGAAGCAAGGACUGCUGGGAGAUUGCUGGUUCCUGUGUGCCUGUGCUGCCCUGCAGAAGAGUCAGCACCUCCUAGACCAAGUCUUCCCUCCAGGACAACCAAGCUGGUCUGAACAGUCAUACCGUGGCGUCUUCACCUGUCGUAUUUGGCAGUUUGGACACUGGGAGGAGGUGACCAUAGAUGACCGUCUGCCUUGCCUUGCAGGGAGACUCUGCUUUUCCCGGUGCCAGAGAGAGGAUGUGUUCUGGCUUCCCUUACUAGAAAAGGCCUAUGCCAAGGUCCAUGGGUCCUAUGAGCACUUAUGGGCAGGGCAGGUGGCAGAUGCCCUGGUAGACCUCACUGGCAGCCUGGCAGAAAGGUGGAGCCUGAAGGAUGUAGCAGGAGCCAGUGACCAGCAAGACAGAGCCAGUGGCCGGGAGCAUAGGACUUGUCGGCAGCUGCUUCGCCUGAAGGACCGGUGUCUGAUCAGCUGUUCUGUGCUCAGCCCCAGAGCAGGUGCCAGGGAGCUGGGGGAGUUCCAUGCCUUCAUCGUCUCAGACCUGAGGGAGCUCUGGAGUCGGGGUGGCCAGGGUAUCCUGCUGCUGCGGAUACAGAACCCCUGGGGCCGGCGCUGUUGGCAGGGGCUUUGGAGAGAGGGGGGCAAAGGGUGGAACCAGGUGGAGCCAGCAGAGGAGUCUGAGCUGCUGUCCCAACUCAAGGAGGGAGAGUUCUGGGUGGAGGAAAAGGAGUUCCUAAGGGAAUUUGAUGAGGUCACCAUUGGCUACCCUGUCACAGAGGCUGGACACCUGCAGAGCCUCUAUACAGAGAAGGUGCUGUGCCAUGCACGGUCACUGCCUGGUGCCUGGGUUGCAGGGCAGUCGGCUGGAGGCUGCCGAAACAACAGUUGCUUUCCCUGCAACCCCAAGUUCUGGCUGCGGCUCUUGGAACCCAGUGAGGUGUGUGUGGCAGUUCUGCAAAGACCCCAGAGGUGCUCAGUGGGCCAUCUCCGGGCACCGAUGGGUGCCAGCCCCACCCCAGGAAGCCUCCCAGGCAAGGACUACCAGGCCGUAGGUCUGCAUAUUUGGAAGGUGGAGAAGCGGCGAGUCAGCUUGCCCAGGGUCCUGUCUGCACCCCCUGUUGCUGGUACCACAUGCCAUGCAUACGACCGCGAGGUCCACCUGCGCUGUGAGCUCUCCCCAGGCUACUACCUGGCUGUCCCCAGCACUUUCCUAAAGGACAUGCCAGGGCAGUUCCUCCUCCGAGUCUUUUCCACUGGGAAAGUCUCCCUCAGUGCCGUCAGGACAGCCUCCAAGGGUGCCUCCCCCAGAGCAGCCUUGCCUGCAGGCGAGUGGGAGACCAUGCAGCUGCGGGGCUGCUGGAGAGCUGGCCAGACAGCAGGGGGCAGCAGGAACUUUGCUUCCUACUUCCGCAACCCCUGCUUCCCCUUCUCCAUCCCUGAGGGUGCUGGUGCCCGCUGUGUCCGCAUCACCCUGCACCAGCACUGCGGGCUCAGUGACAGCCAGCUCCACCCAAUUGGCUUCCACGUCUUCCAGAUGCCAGCAGGUGGUGAGGACAAGGACACACCCUCCCAGCUGCUCCAGGAGCCUCUCCUAAGCUGUGUGCCCCAUCGCUAUGCCCAGGAAGUGAGCCGGCUCUGCCUCCUGUCUGCGGGGUCCUAUAGAGUUGUGCCUUCUACCUACCUACCAGACACAGAGGGUACCUUCACCAUGACCAUAGCUACCAGAAUAGACAGGCAGUCCAUUCACAGCCGGGAGAUGCUGGGCCAGCUCCUCCAGGAGGUCUCCUUCAUGGCAGUGAUGAAAGCCUAACCACAUUCUGUCCUGUGCACCAGCUCAGGGCUAGGGCCAGGGGAGCUGCCACUUCCAGCAGCUGGCAUCCACAUGCAUCGCCAGCCAGUUCUGAACCUAGGCUGCUUCUCUACUCUGGAGUUACAGCUGAGUCUGGGGCCUAAGUAAGGUGCUGUGCCCGGGAUGGAUACCAUCAUGAGGUCCAGCAAGUGCUGCAGGAGGGGCAGGAGCUCCAAGUGCCGUCUGUGUUCCCCAUCUGAGACCAAACGAUUCCAGGGUCUCAGGGCCACAUUUUCUCGUGAUAGCAGAGGCAUUACACCAGGUGGGGCAUAUUGAGACAAAUGUUAGAAACUGUUUAUUACUUGAAAUAUUUUUAGGAUGUGAUUUUAUAAAUAAAUAGGAGAAGUUAUGAA